AGCAUGCUAAUAAUGGUACUCUACAAGAUUAUAUUUUAAGCCGUGAAAAUGAUUUGAGUCUGACAAUUGCGAAUGAUAUAGCAUAUGGAUUAAAACAUAUACCGAUGUGCGUUUUUGAAUCCAGAGGUUAUAAAAGAUCGAACUCUGAACUUACUUUAGCAUCAGACAUUUACGACCUAGGAGUUAUAAUGUGGUCAAUAUCUAGUAGAAAAUAUCCAUUUAAAGGCAGCACUGAUCAAAAAACAUUGGUUAUAAAAGAUCGAAACUCGGAACUUACUUCAGCAUCAGACAUUUACGACCUAGGAGUUAUAAUGUGGUCAAUAUCUAGUAGAAAAUUUCCAUUUGAAGGCAGCACCGGUCAAAAAACAUUGGUGGACCAAAUUAUAUUGAAAAAUAUACGCGAACAAUCCGACAAUAACAUUUCACCUGCAUAUACGAUUUGUAUCAAAGAUGCUG